AUGAAAGAGAUAAAAGACCUGUUUAAGGACACAGAUAGAGUAAAAAAGCUAGUAAAAGUAAUCGAAAGCAACAGAGGAAGCGUUCUCGUGGACUACACAAAAACACACAUCGAAGACUCAGAUAUAUCCGAGUGGGUAGAUAGACUGGAGAAAAUGAGCAUUGCAGCAAGAGUAAAGAGCAUGUUUGCAGGAGAGAAGAUAAACUACACAGAAAACAGACAGGUUCUGCACGUAAAACUUCGAUCAAUGGGAGUGAUUGAAGCAGUGCAGAGCGGAGCACAGAACAGCCUGGAUAAGGAGGAGAAAGAAAUCGUUGCUGAGCUGCAGAAGAUGAAAAGCAUAUGCAACGGCUUUGAAAGCGGGAAAAUGAAAGGAGCCUCAGGAAAACAGAUAAAAAACGUCAUUGGAGUGGGAAUAGGAGGAAGCGACCUGGGCCCAAGGCUCCUUACAUCGGCAGUUGCACCAGCUGCAGCAAAUGUAGGAAAACAGUUUAGAUACGUCUCAAAUGUGGACUCACAGGAGAUGCACGCAGCCCUUACAAACAUCAACCUUGAAGAAACCGUAUUUGUCAUUGUGUCAAAAACUUUUACCACACAAGAGACCCUGGAGAAUGCGAAGAUUGCUGUUUCUACUCUUCUCAGUAGCUACCCCAAAAGCUUUGAUAGAAAAGACAUUAUAAAAUCGCACUUUUUGGCAGUUACAGCCUCUAAAGAAAAAGCCGUGGAGUUUGGAAUCGAAGAGGAGAACAUUCUGGACAUGUGGGACUAUGUGGGCGGAAGAUACUCCAUAUGGAGCUGUGUCAGCCUUACCUCAGCAAUGAGCAUAGGCUUCGAUGCAUUCCUGGAGUUUCUAAGGGGCGCAGCAGACAUUGACACUCACUUUCUGAACACCCCAGUGGCUGAAAACAUUCCAAUGCUGCACGCAAUGGUUGAGUGCAAAUACAUAAACGAGUACGGGUACAAUAACAAGUGCAUUGUUCCAUACGACUACUACAUGAAGUUAUUUUCAUCGUAUCUCCAGCAGUGCGAGAUGGAAAGCAACGGAAAAUCUUUUACAAAAACCGGCAAUCUUCUGAUUUCUGCAGAGUUCUCGCAGCAGGGCGUCAUUCCUGGGCAGCAGACAGCUCCCAUUAUCUGGGGGACAGUGGGCACAGACUCGCAGCACUCAUACUUCCAGCUCCUCCACCAGGGAACCAUCAAGACGCUUUCAGAGUUUCUUAUCCCAGUAAACCCGCGAGCUGCAACAAAGAGAAAAAAUACAGAGGGCACCGAAGGGUCAUCUACAGCACACGAUGUUCUUAUUUCAAACUGUCUAGCACAGUCCAGAGCGCUCAUGAUGGGAAAAGAGAGCGAAGAGGGAGACAGAUACUUCUCUGGAAAUAGGCCAUCCAUCACUAUUAUGUACGACACACUCACUUCGUACACGCUUGGAAUGCUCAUAGCCAUAUACGAGCACAAAAUAUUCGUGCAGGGCCAGGUGUGGGACAUAAACUCGUACGACCAGUUUGGCGUAGAGCUGGGGAAGGUCUUAGCAAAAGAGAUCCUAUCAAAAGUGGAGAAGAAUGUUUCAGCCUUGGGCUUUGACCCCUCCACUGAUGUUCUUAUGGGGCACUACCAGCAAAAGAAGAAAUAA